UUUAUUAUGAAUACAUCUUAUUAGGAAUACGAUCACGAAUAUACCUUUAAGUUUAUCUUAGUAGGGAAUUCCAACUCUGGUAAAACAUCUCUAUUACAAUAUUUCAUCAAAUAGCAUGGUAAGAUAUUAAUCAUAAUUUUGAUUUAAAACAAUAGCAAAUACAAAAAUACAAUAAACAGUAGGAGUUGAAUUCUCAUCUAAGUCUAUUGAUUAUAAAGAUAAGAAAAUUAAACUAUAAAUAUGGGAUACAGCAGGAUAAGAGAGAUUUCGUUCAAUUGCUAGAGCAUAUUUUAAGAAUACUAUAGGUGCUAUUGUGGUUUAUGAUGUUACAUGGUAUAUCUAUGCCUUUCAAAAUAUUUAUAGUUAGGACUCUUUUCACUCAUUAGGUGAUUGGAUUAAAGAUUCAAGAGAAAAUGGAAAGAGUGAUCUAGAUAUUAUUGUUGUUGCCAAUAAAAUUGAUUUAAAAGAUUAAAGAAUAGUUGAUAAAGAUUAUGCACAAAGUCAAUUAUUAAAUAAAGAUGUUCUUUACAUUGAAACCAGCGCUAAAACUGGCGAAAAUGUAGAUUUAUGUUUUUAAACUUUAAUUGAUUAAAUAUUCACUAAAAUUGACAAAGGUAAUAUUUAAUCAUUUAUAUUCUCAAAUUAGGUUAAAUUUAAAAAGACGAAUUCUAUCCUUAAUCAAAAAAUCUAUUAACAAAGAACUUAACAAUUAAAAUUAAUAAUCCUGAAACCUAAAAUUAAAAAUGCAAUUGUUGA